UGUUUACUUUGGCGAAAGUCUUAAGUUGUGUUUUGAAAGUGAUAACUAGAUAAGAAAAGUGGUGUUCAGGAUUUGUUCCUCAUAUGUAUUUCUAAUUUGGUUGGAUAUCCCUAUUAAACUUGAAUAAAAAUGUUGUCACGUACACUUAAAUGCCUACAACUACAAUUCAAUGUUAGUACAAUUUUAGGAUCUAGUGCAAACAAAAUUACAAGCAGUGCGAGAAAGAUAUCCAAUCUUCAUCGGUGGCAGAAGCCACAUCAACAAUUGUUGGUAAAAUUCCAACGCCCGCUUUCAAUUCAAACGCAUGCGCCUGAUACGAAAUAUGUAAGUGAGUCAGGCGAUGGGACUCCUGACUUCAUGGCAUUAUUUCCAGAUAUUGUACGUGAACUCACCGAGGAAAUAAGGAGCUUAAAAGCAGAUGAGGCUGCAAGCUGGAACGAAAAGGCCUUGAAGUACAAUGCAAUAGGCGGGAAAAAGAGUCGUGCUUUUCUUGCUAUUUCAACCUACAAAAAUCUAGUCAAACCCGAAGAGAUCACGCCAGAAAAUCUUCAAUUAUUACACUAUCUGGCAUGGUGCAUUGAAAUGUUACAAUGUUUCUUUCUCAUACUUGAUGACAUUGUGGACGACAGCAUUACACGUCGUAGUCAAUUGUGCUGGCACAAAAAGAAUGAUGUUGGCAUUAUAGCUGUCAACGAUGCUAUGAUGAUUGAAAAUGGAAUAUACGCACUGUUGCGUAAACAUUUUCGCCAUUUGGAUUGUUACGUUGAUUUACUAGAACUAUUUCAUAAAAUAACAUUUAUUACAACCUCGGGACAAUCAAUGGAUAAUAUUUAUGCAAAUAAAAAAGUAACCGAUUUUAAUAUAGACAAAUACAAUGUAAUUAGUGAUACAAAAACUGGCUACUAUUCUUUCUAUUUUCCGGUAGCAGUGGCUUUCCAUUUGGCAGGUGUAAAGAACAAAGCAGUAUUUGAGGAAUCAAAAACUAUUCUCUUAGAAAUGAGUCAUUUAUUUCAAGUACAAGACGAUUUCAUCGAUUGUUUUGGUGAUUCUGAUAUAAGCGGAAAAGUCGGCACAGAUAUACAGGACAACAAAGCUUCUUGGUUGGCUGUAAUAUGUAUGCAGAAAGCUAGUCCCGCACAAAGAGAGAUAAUGGAGGAAUGCUAUGGACAAAAAAAUGCUGAAAAAGUCGCGCGUGUUAAAAAACUUUACAAAGAAUUGGAUCUUAUCAACCACUACCAUGUGUAUGAAGAGAGAAAAUACAACGAUAUUAAAAUUAAAAUUCAGGAAUCGUCCAAUGAUGUGCCGAAAGAUGCAUUUUUAUCUUUACUAAACAAAUUCUAUAAACGACAAGUCUAAUUGGAGUAAUGAAGAAAUAAAAGUACCUACAGAAAAACUGAACUUAUAUAGCUGAGUUAUUUACAGAAGUCAUGGACGUUAUUUUCAUCAACUUUUUUAUUGUUAUAUUUUACAUUUUAAGUAUCUGAAAAUAAAUUUCUUAAAUGCA